ACUUGAAUUGAGCAGACGAGCAGGCUUGCGCAGGUUAUCCUCAGUCUUACGCUUUGCCCUCCGUUGGCCUUGAAUAUGUCUAGGCGGAUUGCCUCACAAGUUCACAAACAGGCCUCGCGACUUCUCCGCCAGAAAUACAUACGAAAAGAGCCGGCAUGGUUCCAAGCCGUACUCGCAAAUCCACCACUUCCACUCCCGCCGAAACAGCCUCCUCCAAGAACAUCCUAUGACCUUUCGUCGGAGGGUGUUCCGACCGUUCAUUCACUCAAAAAGGCUACCAAGUUUGCCGGGCAUCCUGCGCCAUUGCCUGUCCACUACUUAGAAGACGAAUUGAGGAGACGCUUCUUCCAAGACCAUCCUUUCGAGGCGUUCCGGCCUACCUCUCUUCUUGAGAGCGAUGCCAUCAGAGAAGAGCAUCCAAUUCGUGGCAAGCAGUGGGUGAGGCUACGUCAGAGAGGACGCAAUCCCAGUGCGGAAGAUGCCAUCCGUUAUGCUGUAAACCUCCAUGAACAUCAUGGCUUGCCUCUCACAAACGCGUACACCGCUGCCGUAGCACAGUUCCGGUCAUUACGUUCCGAGCAUCAUAUAGCAAGCGCGGUCGCGCGACGUGAAGCGGACGCAUAUGGGAUUCAAUUAGGCCCUUCACAAGUGGAGAUCUCCUUCCAGAAGGAGGAUAAAGCACUGGACACUUGGCAUAGAAAGGCCGAGUUGGAUGCAGGUGCUUUGGCUGCUCGUAAGCGAUGGAAAGCCAUUGUUGAUCGGGACCCUGGUCCUUGGACGCGAGGACAAGAAUAUGUACGGCUGUGGAAGGAGGGGAUCCGCCCAACAUACUCCCCGGCUCUUGCUGGUGUGGAAGGCGCCAAUGUCGUGUUUGAGACUGUUGCUGAGCUAGACGAGGAGACUGCAGAGGUACUGGGCGAGGUUGUGGCUGAUCCAAAAUCGGGACGACGUCCCCCUCCAGAAGACCUCGCACAGUCGUCGGAUUUUGUAGGCCUUAAGUCACAAACGUAGCCAAUCCGUAUGGUUAUACCUUUGUUUAGACAUACUUACCACUCGCAUAUACUAAUGGGAUCGCAGUCUCUCGAU